AUAUACAUGCUUACAUAGUAUUACUCGCGUAGUUGCAUAUUGGAUCCCCAAUGGCAUCUGUUUUUGAUGAAGGAAAGCUCCCCUUCAAGUUCAUUACAGAGGAAACACCAUUCUCCUCCUGUUUCGAUUCCUCAGCCCCUCCAAAACCUUUGUUAAUUGCGACACCAACUGUAAACGGAACUUAUCCAGUACUCUUGCUUCUUCAUGGCUUCUACCUCCGCAACUACUUCUACAAAGGGAUACUCCAACACAUAGCCUCUCAUGGAUUCAUAGCUGUUGGACCUCAGUUAUACAGCUUGGUGCCUUCAACUGGACCUGAAGAAAUUGAAUCAACUGCAAAAGUGGUGAACUGGUUACCACAAGGCCUUCAAUCUCUUCUGCCUGAAAACGUUGUCGCAGACUUGACCAAAGUUGCUCUAUCAGGCCAUAGCAGAGGAGGCAAAGCAGCAUUUGCACUAGCACUUGGGCAUGCCAAGGCUUCUUUGUCCCUUGAUUUUUCAGUGCUAAUUGGGAUUGACCCCGUAGCGGGUGCCAACCAAUAUUGCAGAACUAACCCCCACAUCCUCACCUAUGUCCCCUGCUCUUUCGACCUUAACAUUCCCAUCGCGGUGAUUGGCACUGGCCUUGGACCGGAAAAGAAGAACGAUUGCAUGUCGCAACCGUGCGCUUCCGAUGGUGUGAACCACAAGGAGUUCUUCAACGAGAGCAAACCUCCAUGUGCACAUUUUGUGGCCAAGGACUAUGGUCACAUGGACAUGUUGGACGACGACCCACCUGGCUUGGUUGGAGCCCUGUCGGGAUGUUUGUGCAAGAAUGGAAGCGGUCCCAAGGACCUAAUGAGGAAAUCUGUGGGCGGAAUUGUUGUGGCUUUUCUGAAGGCAUAUUUGAAUGGUGAAGAUGGAGAUCUUCUUGCUAUUGUAGCUGAUCCUGGUCUUUCUCCUGCAAAGCUUGAUCCUGUGAAGUUCAUCACAGCAUGAAAUCGUUGUCAAGAUAUUUCUUAUGUGAAGAUAUUUUGUUUUUCCAAUAUUUGAGUCGCAUGUUUAAUAUGCUGUCAUUUUCAUGGAUUUGAGGUUUGACAUACGUUGAUACGUAGUAACUAGAUUUGUUUUGUGGUAUGAGUGAACUCAUUUCCAGCUAGUGGUGCUUAAAUCUUAUAUGCAGUAAUUUACAAUAAGCCAAGUGAGAUAUGAAAACCAUUGGUAGGUGUGAAAGAAACAAAAGAUUUCAAGUUCUCAAUAUUUACCUUUGUUGUUGAUAA